CUUACUGUGUUGUGUUGUGUCUCUUUAGACUCAGUCGAACGAAUGCGCAAUUUCACAGCUCAAUGCCUGAUAAAGCGGUCUAAUUUCCUUCACUGGGACGAAUACUUUAUGUCACUUGCAUUUCUUUCUGCUAUGCGAAGUAAGGACCCAGUAACUCAGGUCGGGGUGUGUAUUAUCAACUCUGAAAGGAAGAUUGUCUCCGUGGGUUACAAUGGCAUGCCUAUUGGUCUCUCCGAUGACGAAAUGCCUUGGACAAAAAACAUAGAAGACCCCUUACAAAACAAGUCUCUUUAUGUUUGUCAUGCGGAAUUGAACGCUGUGCUCAACAAGAACUCGGCCAACGUGAAAGAUUGCACUCUCUACGCUACCCUGUUUCCAUGCAACGAAUGCGCCAAAGUUAUCAUCCAGUCUGGAAUUAGUGAAGUGGUUUACUUCGAUGACAAAAAGGUCAAUACAGUGUCCAACGAUGCCGCCAAGAUAAUGUUCCUCAAGGCAGGCGUUAAGAUGAAGUAA